GCCUCACUUCCCUUUUAUCAGUGUCAGUGCCACUUGUUGUGAGGUUAAGUCUCGAACAACCUGGCGCGCACUGGUGUCCCUUGGCCAGGCGCCGUUUAAGAAAACUGUAAGCAACUAUAACGGAACUUCACACCUCUUCUCCUUUCGUAUGCGAAUAUCCGCUACGCGGUUGCUGUCGGUGCGUCCUCUCCCGCCACCAGUCGGGGAAUGCCACUGUCCGUCAUCCGCGGUGGGGCGCGUCGCCUCGCUGCGCGCGUGGGGAAGUAUGAGGUCCCGGCGCGGCACGCUAGCUGCAGCCCCCAGACGGAGGGCUCCGUCGUCGCCCUGGCCGAGGCACGGCGCUUCAUCUCGGACGCCAUGAGGGCCGUGGGCACCGCCAAGGACAACGCCGACUUCCUGGCCGAGGUGCUGGUCGAGGCCGACUACCGCGGCCACUACAGCCACGGCCUCAACAGGCUCGAGUUGUACGUGGACGACGUGGCCGCGGGGAGCUGCCUGCCCGCCGCCCAGCCGCGCCUGCUCCGGGAGGGCCCUUCCACGGCGUGGGUGGACGGUGGCCACGGCCUGGGUCCCGUUGUGGGCCGCUUCUGUAUGCAGCUCGCCAUCGACAAGGCCCAGCAGACGGGCGUCGGCUGGGUGGUCGCCAAGGGUUCUAACCACUACGGCAUCGCGGGUUGGUACAGCAUGCAGGCUCUCAAGAAAAAGAUGAUGGGCAUGAGCUUCACCAACACGUCGCCGCUCGUGAGCCCGACGAGGAGCAAAGGGGCUGCCCUGGGCACGAACCCCAUCUCCCUGGCGGUGCCCGCGGGGUCCGACAGCUACGUCCUGGACAUGGCAACCACCGCGGUAGCGCUCGGCAAGGUCGAGAUGCAGCGGCGGCGAGGCGAGCCCUUACCCCCGGGCUGGGCGCAGGGCCCGGACGGCGCGGCGACGGCGGACGCCGAGCUGGCCUACAAGACGCAGUGCCUCAUGCCGCUUGGUGGCGCCGAGGACUCGUCCGGCUACAAGGGAUACGGGCUCGCCCUCAUGGUGGAGACCUUCUGCGGACUUCUCGCAGGCUCGGCGUACGGACCGGAUAUUCGGCGCUGGGGCUCGUCUGGUCAGAACGCGGACCUCGGUCAAUGCUUCAUCGCCGUAGAUCCUGCCGCAUUCGCCCCGGGCUUUGAGGACCGCGCGGCCGAUCUUCUGUCCCGGUUGCGGACGAUGGAGCCGGCGGACCCAUCUCGCCCGGUGCUCGUCCCGGGGGACCCUGAGCGCGCCCACAUGGACCACGUGAACAAGCAAGGUGGAGUGCGAUACGUACCCCAGCAGGUCGAAUCAUCAGAAAAACUGGCAAAGAAACUGAAGAUAUCUGCAAUGAAAAUAUUGUCCUAGUUUAUAAUAACAAUAAUAAAAAAUCAUACCGAUCCAAAA